AAGCACCUCCUAUGCCAGUCUGGAUAUGGAAAUUCAUAUCACUCAUCUUGGGAAUAGAAUCAAGACCAGGGCAACUCAAGUUUCCAUCUUUUGUGCUUUAUGGUCUCACUAUAGUUUCUGCUGCUGCUCAUGUCUUGUCAAAUGGAUGGUUUGCUGUGUACAAUGUCAAGUCAUCAAUUACACGUGACGACAUCAUACAUGGGACAGUGGGUGUACUCCUAACAGCAGGGUGGUGUGCACUUGGCAUAUACUCAUAUCGUCUUGCUCGCCGCCUUUACUCUCAUUCACAUUUUCUCCCCAUGUUGAAACUGCAUGCCAAGACCGUGUUCCAACUAAACACUGCCAUAGUUAUCUCCCUCCUUAUGAUCACCUUCACCAUCUUAAGUGAUGUGAAUGCUUUUAACUUUUGGGAUAAUGCCACUUGCAACAAAGUUGAUUUGCAUGUGAUCGUCUGCAAGGUGCGCUACCUUUCUCGUGUUGUGUCUUCCAUCAUGUUCCUCAUGUGGAACAUCCUAGUCGCAAUAGCUUUGACGUCCAUAUGCAGGACGCAUACUCUGCGUAUUCGGGGAGUGAUAAAACAAUUGCAAGAAGAUGCUACAAAAUGUGAUCCAGAAUUGCUACAUCGUAUAAAAUCGAUGCCAGACCCAUCUACAAUUUGGUCAGAUGAAGAGUUGGAAGGUGAUGUAACAGACAAUGAGGGACCCAUUGAUGAUUCCCAGUUCCUUAUUCAAGUUGUCUCUUCUGAGGAUGAUGAUGCACCAGAUCUGGAAUUCCAAUCAAGCCCUGUUGAAGCAUCUACAUGUGAAGAGGGACCCAUGACCAAUAAACAGAUUCUCCAAGCUUACUGGCCUCUUAUUAAUGAGAUGAACCUGUCAUCAUCAGUGUUGCAGCAUUGGAUGAUUUCUGUAAUAGGACUGACCCUUUCUUGGACAUCAGUCUAUCUGGUCGUUUGGCUCACACACUCACCAACAUUGACAGAAUUGUGUGAAGUUCUUACUCCACUCUUGCUGCUUCCUCUUUUCAUGUCAGCCUAUGCCCAAGCAAGUACUGAGGGCAUGCGCCUGAUUCGAGCAAUCCGUCCAAGUACGAAGCGCUUGGCUGUCCUCUUCUAUUUGGCACAAAGUCCACCCCAGAUGACAGUGUAUGGUGGAGCUGUGACAUAUCGGACCAUCUUCACGACUGUUGCAGCCAUAUUUUUGGCCAUUGCAGCCAAAAUCCUUCUCAAUGAUCUCAACCAAUGAUCCU